CAAAACCUAAAACAUGGCUAAAUUCGUGCAAAUCCUUUUCGUCGCCUUCUUGGCUAUUGCCUUGUGUUCCGCUGAAGCACCUCGUUCUCGUUAUGCCCGCGUCCAAGCCAAGCGCACCCGUUUCUUGGCCCGCCAAGAAGUCGCUGCUGAACCUGAUGUUGUCACUCCCUAUCCCAGCGCUGAUGAAUUGAAACCCGAAGUGCCUUUCGAUGAAGCUGCUGCCUCCACCCCUGAAGAGGAACAAAUCCCCAACCAACCCGAUGAAGUCUAUGGCCCACCAGAACAAGAUGUCCCAGUUGCUACCGAUGAUGUUGCUCCCGUUGAAGGUGAAGUUGAAGCUGAAGCCCCAGUUGCUGAAGAAGAAGCUGUCGUCCCCGUCGCCGAAGAAGAAGUUCCAGCUCGUUUGACAGCUCGUCGUGCUGGUCUCCGUAAGAGUGCUGUUCGUCCCGCCAAAUUGCUUCGGUAUCAGUUGCUUUUCAACCGAACAUAUCAAUCAACCUACACAAACAUGGCUAAAUUCAUGCAAAUCCUUUUCGUUGCCUUCUUGGCUAUUGCUUUGGUCAGUGCUGAAGCUCCUCGCAGACGUUUCCAAGGCAGACGUCGUUUCUUGGCCCGUCAAGAGGUGGCAGAAGAAGCUGUUACUCCUUAUCCCUCGGCUGAUGAAUUGAAACCUGAGGUGCCAUUCAAUGAAGCUGAAGCUCCCGAAGAACAAACUCCCAAUCAACCCGAUGAAGUCUAUGGUCCACCAGAACAAGAUUUACCAGCUGAAACUGAUGACAUUGUCCCAGUUGAAGAAGAAGAAGAAGCUGUUGCUGCUGAAGAAGCUGCCGCUGAAGAAGAAGCUGUCGAAUCUGCUCGUUUCACCGCUCGUCGUGCUGGUGCCCGCAGAGUUGCUGCUCGUCCCGCUAAAUUGCGUAAAGCUGCUCCUGCUCGUCUCCAACGUCAAUUUGUUCGCCAACCCGUCUUCUUCUACGUAGCUCAAUAA